AUGGAAGGAUUAGCUAUCAGAGCAUCGCGUCCGUCGUUUUUAUGUUCUCUCCCUGGUCUCGGCGGCAAUUCUCAGCCACGAUACGGUUUCCUCAGGCUGCCGGCGCCAUCAAAUGCGGCGGAGAACACCAAAUUAGUCGCGAAUUCUGCUUCUUUUCAUCCAAUCUCCGCCGUUAAUGUGUCUGCUCAAGCUUCCCUCACCGCCGAUUUUCCCGCCCUUUCAGAAACGAAAGUGAAAGAUGAAAGAAUAAACGGAGAAGAGAAGCCAGAGAACAUAGUGUGGCACGAGAGUUCGAUCUGCAGAUGCGACCGACAACAGCUUCUUCAACAAAAGGGUUGUGUCAUUUGGAUCACUGGUCUCAGCGGUUCAGGGAAAAGCACUGUUGCUUGUGCCUUAAGCAAAGCAUUGUUUGAAAGAGGCAAACUUACUUACACACUUGACGGCGACAAUGUCCGUCACGGCCUUAACCGUGACCUCACUUUCAAAGCAGAGGACCGUACCGAAAACAUUCGCAGGAUCGGUGAGGUCGCCAAGCUUUUUGCUGACGUGGGCGUCAUUUGCAUAGCAAGUUUGAUUUCGCCGUACCGGAUAGACAGAGCCGCUUGCCGGUCUUUGUUACCGGAGGGCGAUUUCGUCGAGGUGUUCAUGGACGUUCCUCUUUCUGUGUGCGAGUCAAGAGAUCCAAAGGGAUUGUACAAGCUUGCACGUGCCGGCAAAAUCAAAGGCUUCACUGGAAUCGACGACCCUUAUGAGGCACCAUUGAAUUGCGAGGUAGUGCUAAAACACACAGGAGACGACGAUUCUUGUUCGCCACGACAGAUGGCUGAGAACAUCAUCUCUUACCUGCAAAGCAAAGGUUACCUUGAGGGCUAA